GUGAUAUCGUUGUAAUUAUUAUUGUUUGUGUUUUUUGAUUAAAUAAUUGUAAAAUACGAUGAAUGACGUGAAGUGUGAACACGAUGCGAUUCAUCCACGAUUUCGAUCGAAACCUGAUAUUUAUCGAAGUGCCGUGAAAGUUGCCCUUGUGCAAAUGCACGUGUGCGAAAAAACGGCGAAAAAUCUUGAGACUGCUUCAAGGGAAAUAGUCAAGGCAAAGGAUAAGGGAGCCCAGCUUGUUGUGCUACCUGAGUGCUUCAACUCUCCAUAUGGGACAAAAUACUUUAAAGAAUACGCAGAAGAGAUACCAAAUGGGAAAUCGUGUACAGCAUUAGCAAAAUUGGCUAACGAGUUAAGCUUGUGCAUAAUAGCCGGUACGAUACCAGAAAGAGAAGGCGACAAGUUGUAUAACACAUGCACUGUGUGGGGAAAUAAUGGUGAACUACUGGCUAAACAUAGAAAAGUCCAUCUAUUCGACAUCGAUAUUCCUGGACAAAUGACGUUCAAGGAAUCGGAAGUGCUCUCGCCGGGAAAUAAGAUCACCACAUUUGAGUAUCGUGGUAUUAAAAUCGGAUUGGGCAUUUGCUAUGAUUUGCGAUUCCCGGAAAUGGCUCAAAUAAUGUCCAACGAUGGUUGUGCCAUCUUAAUCUAUCCGGGUGCAUUCAACCUCACCACAGGCCCCAAACAUUGGGAGCUACUUGCUCGAUCACGUGCUAACGAUAACCAGUUGUGGAUGGUUUUGGUCAGUCCUGCUCGGGAUAAGAGCGCCUCCUACGUUGCUUGGGGCCACAGCAUGGUUGUGGACCCAUGGGGGCAAGUUGUGGAGCAGUUGAAUGAGAAACCUGGUAUUUUAUAUGCCGAUAUUGAUUUAAAAGCAGUAGAUGAAGUAAGAACAAUGAUCCCGAUAAGGAAUCAAAAGAGAAAUGAUCUGUAUUACAUUGGUAACGGUAACGGGUGCAAGUAAAUAUUCAAUAUUAGAACAGAAAAUGGUGACUGAGAUGAAGUAGCGUUGGGUUAUUGUCCGAAAAAAUACAAAUGGUGGAAAUUUUU